AUGAAAUGGAAAAUAACGUGUUUUCUUAGCUUAUUAUGCUGCGCUAUUGUAAACUCUAUACCACGAGUACGGCCGAAUGACCACUACAUUGACGGAAAACAUAACGUGGAGCAUGAUCAUAAAGCAUUUCUUGACGAAAGCGAGAGAAACGCAUUCAAAACUCUCACUCCUCAGGAAAGUAGAAUGCGUUUUAGGUAAGUGCUUGUUAUUAUUGCUUUACUUUUCAUUUGUAUUAGUUUAUUGUAUUAUAGCUUUAUAGGAACAUACUUUAAUAUUGAAAUUAGUACAUUGGCCUGAGAACAAGACUUGCUCCAUAUCUAUCGCUCAAUUGUAUUUUUGUUUGGGAUUUAUUAUGGGCGCGCUAAAAGCAGACUUGGAGCAUGUCUAGUAUAAAACCUACGAAUGUGCGCGAGACACUUAAUCGAGUGUGCUUCCUGCAUAAUUUCCGGUAUGCUAAUCAUUUGCUUAGUAAUAAGUAAUUAAUAGUGCGUCGUUUCAUUUCCGCACUAUUUUAGGCGCCUGUGCGUUUGAUGAUGUCAUGUAAUGUUGCGCGCAGACUAGCACUGUUUCAAACUCCCACCCUCUUUAAACUGGAAAAUAUGUCUUUGUUAUGAGAAACUUGUCAUUGGUAUGAGAAAAGAACUCAUUGUAUUAAAUUCCUUUGUAACAAAUGUCGUAUUUCUGUUUUCUGCUGAUCAGCUCAUUUUGUUGUUUUUUUAAUUAAUUUGCAUCAUGACUAUGUUGGUAAAUACUUAGGUUUGACAAUGAAUCUGGUUGCGACUUUGAAUUUAAUUGAUGUUUAUACGAAAUGUUAGCACUCGGAGUACAUUUAACAAGUAUUAUAUCGACACAUAAGCAACAUUUUGCUUUUCGUUAAUUUAUCAAAAUUUUCCCUAGCAUUAUUACUUUUCAAAACAUUAUGUAAAAAUUUCCACUGAAUUACAUAUCUUUUUGCCCGACGAGCAUUUCGUUAAAAUUUCUAAAAUUGCCCGACAAAAAUACAAUAUUGGGCGGGGGGGGGGGGUCGCUCCCCCACCCCCACACGCUUAUUAUUUAACAAGUAUAACUACAUCGGUAGUUAUAAGGUUGUUUAAUGCUAAUAUUUGACAUUUUCGGAAUUAAGACAGUAGUUCAACGUUCAAACAUCAAUAACGCAGUCAAUAUUGCAUACAAAUUUAAGUGUUAUAUGUCAAAAUCUAAGUUAGUCCGUUCUAAAUGCAAUGAUCUUUAUUUCAUUGCGAUAGCUUUUAUAGUUUUUGCGUUAUAUGAAAUCAAACAGUGUCCAGUUUUUGUUUUGGACACCCAGUAUACAUAAGUGAUCAUAACAGUGUCGUGAACUCCAUAUAUAAAUAUAGUUUUUGCGUUAUAUGAAAUCAAACAGUGUCCAGUUUUUGUUUUGGACACCCGGUAUACAUAAGUGAUCAUAACAGUGUCGUGAACUCCAUAUAUAAAUGGAGUAAGAACUCGCGUCCAAAAAUUGAAUCUAAAGAUCAGUGGCGGCGCCAGGGGGGGGGGGCAAGGGGGGGCAAAUGCCCCCCCAAUAUUAUUUUUUGCCCCCCAUUUUGCCCCCUCCCCCUCAAAAAAAUUAUUAGUCACUAAGAGCGACUAAAGGCUACACAAGCGUUCUGUCGUUAUCGGAAAAUGUAUGGCUUAUAAGUUGUCAUUACUCAUUAGUGAAUGCGCGUAUACAUGAAACUGUUUUUUACAGUUUCAGUAUUAGUUUGUAAAUCUCUGAAUGGUAAAACUUGCCAAUACUCCAAUAAUACGUUUCAAAAAAGACAAAAAAGCUUUAGUUUUGCAGAGUUAAAUUCUCAAACGUGUAAGGCAAUAAUAAGAUGAAAGUAUCACGAAAUUAUUUGAAUAAACCACAUCGCAUAUAUGGGGGGCGAAUGUCCUAAAGAGGAGCGAUAUUCCUAGGGUAUUCGCCCCACCCCCCUGGGAGGCGAUAUUCCUAGGAUAUUCGCCCCCGGGGGCGAUAUUUCUAGGAAUAUCGCCACGUUUUGAGGGGGGGGGGGCGAAUUUCCUGGGAGGGGCGACCUUUUUAAAAAUUCUAUCUUGCCCCCCCAAAAUUUGAGUUUGCCCCUCAAAUGCCCCCCCAAAUUUGGAAGCCUGGCGCCGCCACUGCUAAAGAUGGCGGAAAUGGACAUCCAGUUUCAAAAUAUUUUGCUAUUGUUUUUCGGCUUGCACGGUUAAUUAACAUGAAGCAUUGAAGCUGCUGGAAAUGUGGCAAAAUUUCGUGAUUUCACUUGUGAUGAAUAAUACUGUGGUUUUAUGAACUAAGAAAUUGAUUAGCAAUACGAUCUGUCAGAAAAAGUGGAACUCACUGGCGAAAAUGGCGUGAAAACUGUUUCCAACUUUCAUAGAUUUCGCCCUAACCUUUUCAAAUUACUUAUUAUUAUUAUUAUUAUUUUAAUAACGAACUUUUUUUGAGUAACCAAAAGUUUAAAUUCAGCACAGAAGUUCUUAACAAUGGUCAUACUAAAUAUAUUACAUAUAGGAAUAAAUUGUGAUAAAUACUAAACAAAACUAGAUUAUAUAGAGAUUAUAUCCUACAAUUAUCUUUAAAAAUCAUUUUAAGGUAAAAAGGAAUGUUUACAUCAUAGGUUUACAUGCAGCGGUCCGUUCAACCUCGUUCCCAGGCUCUUGAGCCUAGGAGCGAGGUUGCGCAACCUCAAAGGGAAAAGCCCUGGGAACGAGGUUGCGAGGUUGUGCUCCGUUUUGCAGAUGUAAUUAUUAAAUUUACGUGGUAAUAUUAAGUCCUAAUUUGAUGUAUAUGGAUCUGGAAACAAGUCCGUCACUUUAGCAUUAUUCAGAUUUUGUUCAAUGAAUUGAUCGCAAAGGCUUUCACGCCGGUCGUACAGGGUAGUGAUACCCGUAAUCUUUAAUGCCUCACCAUAACUUGAAAGGGAGACAAUGAUCUUUAUAGUGCGUUCCUGGAUUUGUUCGAUGUCUUCAGAUUCGUUGAACUGUGCCGUUAAUACUAUAUGUAGCUACACCCGUUUAGCUUUUCUGGUUAUCAUUAAUUCGUUUCUUGUCUCUCGUACCUCAUAAUCUGCCCAAAACGUCCACAUUUCUAUGUAUAUAUAUAUAUAUAUAUAUAUAUAUAUAUAUAUAUAUAUAUAUAUAUAUAUAUAUAUAUAUAUAUAUAUAUAUAUAUAUAUAUAUAUAUAUAUAUACAAUCUCAGUUAAACGAAGAGAAAUGCAAAGAGCUUCAAAUUACCUUUGCAAGACCCGGGCGUACGUUUACACCCGUGUAUGUUAAUAAUAAACCAAUCGAAGUUGUCCCUUCUGCAAAGAUAUUGGGAAUGCGAAUUAGGAACGACCUUAAAUGGAAUACCCACAUCUCAGAGAUUGUAAAGAAAGUUUCAACAAGACUCUUCUUUCUUUGCCAACUAAAAAGAACAAAAAUCUGUAGAAAGGACUUACUAACAUUUUACCUGACCUGUGUGCGUCCUGUGAUGGAAUAUGCUUGUCCCGUUUUCCACGACUCCUUACCCAAUUACCUAUGCGAAGAUCUGGAGAAGUUACAGAAGCGAGCCCUUCAUAUAAUCUUCUCAAUGUUACCUUAUGCAGAGGCUUUGGUAAAAGCGGGAGUUGACUCAUUAUUUAAUAGAAGACAAAUCCUAACUACUAAACUAUUUAAUGAUAUUGCAAAUGACGAAAGUCAUAAGGUUUACCAAUUACUACCAAGUAAGAACUUUUCAAAUUAUAAUAUAAGGAAAGAGAACAUUUUUAACGUUUCUAUUAGUAGGACGAAUAGAUUUAUAAAUAGUUUUAUACAGCAUAAUUCUACAAUGUAUUUUAGAUAAAGUAAAUAUUUAUAUAAGGAAAGAGAACAUUUUCAACGCUUCUAUUAGUAGGACGAAUAGAUUUAAAAAUAGUUUUAUACAGUAUGAUUCUACAAUGUAUGUUAAAUAAUGUAAAUAUUUAUUGUAAAGUUAGAAGCGUAAUUCAACCCGUGGGUUGUAAUGUUUUUAAUUAAUUAAACUAUCUAUCUAUCUAUCUAUCUAGAUAUCUAUCUAUCUAUCUAUCUAUCUAUCUAUCUAUCUAUCUAUCUAUCUAUCUAUAUAUAUAUAUAUAUAUAGUACAAUAUCUAUAUAUAUCUAUAUAUCUGGAUAUCUAUCUAUCUAUCUAUAUAUAUAUAUAUAUGCAGACAUGCAUGUUUCGGCGUUCAACGCCUCGUCAGUGCAGCUUGGUACACGUCUAGAUACGCGAGACAAUCGUAUUUAUACCCCAUGAACUUGCUCUCACCAAGGCAUGUGGUACAACGCGGUGAAUCAACGCAUCCAGACAUGCGCAUAGUGUAAUGGGGCCAGAGUGCUCAAACGACCACAAGGGAAGUGAGCUUUGCAUUAUCGCUAAUAGACACCCAUUAACAACUCCGCAGAGUGCUCAACAACACCGAAGUGAAGGAGCGUAAUGGUACAAUCUGCAGACAUGCAUGUUUCGGCGUUCAACGCCUCGUCAGUGCAGCUUGGUACACGUCUAGAUACGUGAGACACUCGUAUUUAUACCCCAUGAACUUGCUCUCACCAAGGCAUGUGGUACAACACGGUAUAUAUAUAUAUAUAUAUAUAUAUAUAUAUAUAUAUAUAUAUAUAUAUAUAUAUAUAUAUAUAUAUAUAUAUAUAUAUAUAUCAAGAGCCAGCCCCAAAAAAUCUUCAUUUAUAAAUAUCAAGAAAUCAUAAAUCUUCAAAGUAAAUAAAUUAUAUUUUUACGUUUCAGGGACAAGCCCCUUCUUCAGAAUAACGCUACAUCAUCUCCGUCUCUUGCUUAAAUAGUCUAACGUUUAGCUAUGCAUAAAUUAAUUAAACCUCUUCCUUAAAUUAAGCCCACGUGGGACAUAACUAUUUAGUUUCUCAAUCCAAAAACUCUCCCUCUCAGUGGGGUUAUUAACGUCCGUGACGUCAAUAACCUGCACUAAAAAAUCACUUAGACCUGAAUGUCCCUCCCCCAAAAAUGGGCAUACAAUUGUUGCCCACAAAUAUUUCUCUGCCCCCGCCCAUAUCUAUUUAAUGCACUCUUGUGGUUAUUAAAUCGCAAUCUGAACGGUGUUAUGGUAUUCCCUACAUAUUGCAACCCACAGAAUUUACAACUAAUCAAAUAUACUAUGCCCUCCGAGUCACAAUCGAAGCGAUGAUUAAUGCAGAAAGACCGCCCCUCAACAUGGCUUUUAAAAGUAGCACCAAUAAUAACAUUAUCACAGAUUUUACAUUUCUUCUUUCCGCACUUAAACAUCCCUACGACCGUUUCCUCUUCCCUUCUCAAUUUAGAACGGACUAGGUGAUCUUUAAGGUUUUUAGACCGACGAAAACACACCAUUGGUGGUUCUGGCAUAAUACUUAAAAACCUUUCAGACCAACUUACAAUUACUUGCAAUUCCCUAAAGAUAUUGUAAAGGACCCUCAAUGCUGGAUGAUAAUCUAUCACAAAACAAUUCCUAUUACUAUUCUUAACACCUUCUUUCCCGCAUUAACAAAUUAUUCCUGUCGACUUUUCUCACUCUACCAAACUGGUCAUCAACAAAAUCCGAAUUAUAGCCCCUCUUGACCAAAAAACCUUUUAGCUCGCUUAGUUUUUCCUCAAAAGCAUUUUCCGAGUUACAAAUUCGCUUUAAGCGCAAACCUUGACUAUAGGGAAUCGCUCUCUUGACAUGUGGUGGGUGACAAGAUUUAAAAUUCAAAUACUGAUGUGCAUCAGUAGACUUAGAAUACACAUCAGUAUGGAACGCACCAUUAACUUUAUUAAUCCACACAUCAAGAAAAGCAAUUUCCUGUGUACUAAUUUCCCAGGUAAACUCAAUAUUCUCAUGAAAUGAAUUCAACUUACUGAGGAAAUUGUUUAAUUCCUCCUCCCCGUGAAGCCAUAUCAUGAAAACAUCGUCCAAAAAACGCCACCAAACCCAAGGUUUAAGCUCGCAAGAAUCUAAAAAACGUUCCUCGAAAUUCCCCAUAAAUAAAUUAGCAAAACCUGGCGCAAAUUUUGUCCCAAUAGCCGUUCCCAAUUUUUGUCGAAACAUAUUUUCAUCAAAUUCAAAAAAAUUAUUUUUCAAAACCAAUUUGGCAAGUGAGAUUAAAUCAUCGACCGGCAAGUCCUUUUUUCAAAACCAAUUUGGCAAGUGAGAUUAAAUCAUCGACCGGCAAGUCCUUCCAUAUAUAUAUAUAUAUAUAUAUAUAUAUAUAUAUAUAUAUAUAUAUAUAUAUAUAUAUAUAUAUAUAUAUAUAUAUAUAUAUAUAUAUAAAUAUCAAGAAAUCAAAAGCUUCAAAGUAAUUAAAUUAUAUUUUUUACGUUUCGGGGACAUGCCCCUUCUUCAGAAUAACGCUAUAUCAUCUCCGUCUCUUGCUUAAAUAGUCUAACGUUUAGCUAUACAUAAAUUAAUUAAACCUCUUCUCUUAAAUUAAGCCCACGUGGGACAUAACUAUUAAGUUUCUCAAUCCAAAAGCUCUCCCUCUCAGUGGAGUGUUGAGGGGCGGUCUUUCUGCAUUAAUCAUCGCUUCGAUUGUGACUCGGGGGGUAUAGUGUAUUUGAUUAGUUGUAAAUUCUGUGGGUUGCAAUAUGUGGGGAAUACCAUAACACCGUUCAGAUUGCGAUUUAAUAACCACAAGAGUGCAUUAAAUAGAUAUGGGCGGGGACAGAGAAAUAUUUGUGGGCAACAAUUGUAUGCCCAUUUUUGAGGGGAGGGACAUUCAGGUCUAAGUGAUUUUUUAGUGCAGGUUAUUGACGUCACGGACGUUAAUAACCCCACUGAGAGGGAGAGCUUUUGGAUUGAGAAACUUAAUAGUUAUGUCCCACGUGGGCUUAAUUUAAGGGAAGAGGUUUAAUUAAUUUAUGCAUAGCUAAACGUUAGACUAUUUAAGCAAGAGACGGAGAUGAUGUAGCGUUAUUCUGAAGAAGGGGCUUGUCCCCGAAACGUAAAAUAUAAUUUAUUUACUUUGAAGAUUUAUGAUUUCUUGAUAUUUAUAUAUAUAUAUAUUUAUAUAUAUAUAUAUAUAUAUAUAUAUAUAUAUAUAUAUAUAUAUAUAUAUAUAUAUAUAUAUAUAUAUAUAUACGUCGUCUUACCACUGCUUUAUUUUAUAAACACAAAUUGGGGAAACGUAUGAUUGAAAUUUUCGUUUUCAGUGAAAUCGUCGAUAAAAUAGACAAAGAUGGUAAUGACAAUGUAACUAAGACAGAAUUGAGAUCUUGGAUGGAAUAUAUUCAACUGAAAUAUUUGAGAGAUGAGGUGGAUAAACGUUGGUCUCCGAUUGACACUGAUGGCGAUGGAAUGAUAUCUUGGGACGAAUUCAAAGAAAGACAUUAUGGUCAUAAAAUGG